AUGUCCUCUUCGUCAUCAUCAUCGUCUUUUGAUUCGUUCGGUUCCGAUGAUUAUGAUGAUGUCGUUGAAAGUGCGGUUGUUGCGGCCGUUACUUUGGCCAUUCGGGUCACGCAAGAGGAGGAGGAGGAAGAAGAAGAAGAGAGACCGCGUUUUAGAAGAAGGGUGGUUCUUGUACGUCAUCGGGCAGAGGUGCAAGAGAACUUGAUGCGAGACUACUUCGUGGAUCAACCGACUUACACCCCGAGACAAUUUAGACGACGGUUUAGAAUGCAUAAGCGUUUAUUUUUAAAGAUUGUAGGCGACAUGGAAGGGGAGUAUAGAUAUUUUCAACAACGAGUGAACACCGCAGGAAAGUUAGGUUUUACCGCACUUCAAAAGUGUACAGCCGCAAUUCGACAACUAGCAUACAGCGUGGCGAGCGAUUUGCUAGACGAGUUGAUGGUCCUCGAAUGCACUACUUAUGUUUUAAUUAUACGCGACAAGAAACUGAGGAGACUUGCUGGAUGA